UCAGUAAUCAAUGAUAGUAAAGUUUUAAAUAAAUGUAUACCGAUACACAACAACUAAAAUUUGUAUGAUGUUAUAAGCAGGUCAAAAAGUGGAUUGCAGAUGAAGAAAUGUCAAAACUAUAAGGCACUCUAUUCAACAUCAACUAAGACAAGCUAUGAUAGAAAUGGCCACAAACGAAAGAGAAUCAUUCUGCGUCAUUUGCCAAAGCAGGGACCUUAAUAAGUCAGCGGAAGAAUACUGUCCACAAUGUGAAGAGGUUCUUUGUGGAGACUGUCGCCAUCACCAUAAGAUAUCGAAGUCGACAAAAUCACAUCAGACCAUCCCUAUAGAGAAUUAUAACAAAGUACCGUCCUUUAUCAAGAAAAUUAGCCAUAAUUGUAAGGAGCAUGACUGCUUCCUUGAAUUUUAUUGUAAAUCUCAUGAAUCUCUUUGUUGUAAACUCUGUUUGAUAUCAGGUCAUAAAGAAUGCAAAGAAACUAUUUUCGUUGAAAAUUUUCUAACGCCAUCUUUAGAACACCAGUCAGUAGCUUUAAACAAUAUUGAAAACGUUCUGACAGAUCUUGAAAUCAACAUUUCUUCCACUUUAAAGGAUAGACAUCGAAAUUUAACUGAAUUGCGUGAACAGAAGCAGAUGAUUGCAGAGAAAAUUAAGGAAAAACGUCAAGAAAUCAAUACACGAUUAGACAAUUUAGAAGAAGCCUUACUAGAAAAAGUAUCUGCAAUAGAAAAAGAAUACUGUCAGAGUAUAGAAGAUGUGAUAGUGGCACUAGAGGACGAAAAAAAGAAAGUAAAGGAAAUUCAAAAAGAAAUUGAAUCUGUUAAAAUGUUUGCAUCCAAUCUACAAAUCUUCAUCGGAUCAAAGUCAUUCCAGCAAAGAGUUUCCACCAAUGAAACUAACGUCCAAUUAUUAAACGAUAACGGAUGCUUUAACAACUUAACGAUGAAAUGUACGUUUAAUGAUAAACUAGACGGGUUGAUCAAAGAAAUACAGACAUUUGGGGAGAUAGAAAUUGACAAUCGUGAAAAACAUGUUGCUUUUAUCUGGAAAGGUAACAAAUAAGCACAAAUCUUAAAAUCGUUUCCGCGAGAGAAAUUGAUUUAAAACAUAAAUAUCAGGCUGGUACGUAAGAUUAACAUAGAUGGCAACGGUCUUACUGGAUGUGUAAUUGCAGACGCUGGAAAAAUGCUAUUUCUACAAGCACACAAAAAUUGUAUAAUGAAAUAUGCACCGAAUGGUGAAUUCCAUUCAAAAUUGCAUAUCAACAGUGCGCCGUUCAACAUUGGAUAUGGCCUCGCAGUGGUCGAUUCAAAUACGGUAGCUGUAUCAACUGGUGAAAAUUAUCCACACAAAAUUUACUUAAUUGAUAUAAAUAGUACAGAAACUCGACAAAGUUGUUUAUCUUGAUGACUUCUGUUUUGGUUUAAGCUAUCACGAUUGGUCAUUGAUUUGUUGUACAUUUGAGAAAGGCAUUCAAAUAUUUAACCUUUUAAAACAAAAUUUGACAUACAUUCAAACACUGCCGAAUGCACCUAAAGACGCAAAUGAAGCAUACGUUGCUUCCAUUGAGGAUUGCAUUUUUCAUUCUAACUGGCGUGAUCAUUCUGUCGUAUGUUACGAUUUCUGUGGGCAGGUGAAAUGGAUAUAUUCCAGUUCGUUGCUCAGACGACCGUACGGCAUAACCUUAGACUCACAUUCGAACAUUUAUGUUGCUGGUUCUGAAUCAAACAAUAUCGUAGUUACAUGUAUAUCAACGGACGGAAAGAAUGCAAUAGAGCUUAUUGGAGCUAAAGAUGGAAUUUUAAAUCCUCGUGCAAUUUAUUUUGAUAAAACGAAAAACUUGCUUUUAGUAGCAAACUAUGACGGAGUUGCCUUCCUAUUUGAUGUUUGAUACAUGUACAAUUCACCUGUAAACGUUCUGCGCCUGAAAACAAUUAUAUCUUCAAUAAUGUCUUAUCGAAUAAGGAUUAAACUGAAAGGGUCAACUUACAUUUAACGUAUCACAAUUUAUCUUUCAUGUAUUGAAGUUACAUAAAAUAAAAUGUAUUUGGAAUA